AUGCCCGAAGACGACGCGCGCGCGCGCGAUCUCGAUCGAGGACGCGAAAAGCUCGAGGCUUUCCGCAGACGUAAAGCCCUGCGAGCGUCGCUUCACGCGCCCGCGCGCGGUGUCGACGACGACGGGAAGAAGCGCGUCGACGGCGAAAAAGUCUUCGAACGCGAUGACGACGGGAAGAUCGGGUUCGCCGCGCAGCUGGAGGCGAAACUGGCGUCGAUGGGCGCCGGUAAUGUGGCCACGGGAAGUGUCGACGGUGGAGACGAUCGAGCGGGCGCGAAGGCGGCGUUGGAGGCGAUUUCGAGAGAAGAUGGAGACACAGCUUUGUUUUCGGCAGAUGCACCGGACGCAAAGGCGCGCUUGAGCGCGGCGAGAGAGGAUUUUGCGAGCGUGGAGGAAGCCGUGGACGCGCUGGGGGUGGAUAAGAUCGCCGGGGAGGUCGCUGGGGAGUAUGCGCGCGAGAUCGCGGCUUUGCGAGAGGCUUUCAAGGUCGAGCGGAGUGAACUUCGCGAGGAAAUCGCUCGGUUGGAGGGCGAGCUGGACACCGCGCGGGCGGUCGAGGCAGAUAUCGAACGGCUUCGGCAAACACUCGGUGAAAGGGACGCUGUUUUGGCGAGGAGCAACGCGGACGUCGACGCGAUGAAGGUUGAGCUCGCGGUGAAGGUUGAGGAACUGACUCGUGCCACGGCGGACAUUGAGUCUGCUCGACAGGGCAUGGAGGAGAUGAAAACCGCGGUAGAGGAGGCGAAGAAGACGUCCAAGGAGAAGGUUAAGAAGGCAAUCGAGAAGGGUAAGCGCAUUGAGUCCGAGAAAAGGGCUCUUCAGGAGGAAAUAGAUAUCCUUCGGGUGGCGAAUGCCGAGCACGAAAAGCGCUCGCAGAGCCUCGCCGAGGCGUGCAAGAGACUCAAGGAUGAACACGAAAACGUUUCGAGGAGUCUAGCUGAGGCGGAGACCAAACUCGAGGCUCUUCAUCAAGAGUUGACUGAAGCUAACGCCAAGGUCAUGACGCUGAAUGGCAUGGACGACGCGCUCGCCGAGGAGAAGGUGCGGAACACGGAACUGCAGGCUCAGCUCGUAGUGCUUCAUCGGCUCGAGGAAGAAAAGAAGGAGGAUGCCAAGGCGCUCGAAACAGCGAACGUUACGAUAGAGAGUCUCAAAGAUAAUAUCAAGAACGCGCAAAAAGAGCUGAAAAUGGCGUCCGAAGCGCAAGAGAUGGCUGUAAAGGCACGGACAGACGCUGAUGCGCAAAUCGAGCAAUUAAGCGCUCAGUUGACGAAGGUGAUGAAUUCGAUGAAAGAGCUCGAGGAGAGCGCCACAGAGGAGCGUGCGAAGUAUGAAAACUACUCCGAAGAGCGCAUGAUUCUCACAUCACGAAUAGAGGACGUUACAGAGAGACUUGAGACGGCUGAACGCACCGUUUUCGAGAAGGACGCAGAGUUGGAGUCGCUCGCCGCCCAAGUCGAAGAAGCUCGGGAUGCGUCCACGGAUGAUUUGGCUCGCCUUCAGUCACAACUCGAAGCGAUGCAGCGAGACAAGGAGGCGCAAGCGACGCAGCAGGCCGGAGAGAUUGACGCGGUGAAUUCUCAACUAAAAGAGAUGAAUGAAAAGCUGGAGAGUCUCAAUGCCGAAAAGCGAACGCUUGAGACUCAACUCGCCGCAAAGGGUGAAGAAGCUAAGGCGCUCACUUUGCGCGUCAACGAGAUCUCAAAGUCCUCGAGCGAUGAAUUUCAAGCCUUGCGAGAGCAACUCGAGAGCGCGAAUGCGGAAAAAGUUGCGCAAGCCCAGAGCAUUGCGCAAUUAAACGAUGCUGCUCGCACGGCAAAUGAAGAAAUCGAGACGCUCAAGGCAGCAAAGAAAGAGGCUGAGGAAACGCUGCGAAUCAAAGAUGACGAAGUCAACAAGGUCAAAUCAGCACUUGAAAAGGCACAAAGGGGUUCGUCGUCUGAACUUGAGGCCGUUCGUGCGCGGCUGGAUGCCGCUGAAAUCGAAAAGAGCGCUCAGCACUCGCAGCUCGUGGAGAUCAACGCUCGAUUGCAAGAGCAGUCUGCGGAGAUCGCCAAGUUGAACUCAGCGAGAACGCAAGCUGAAGAGACUAUCUUGACACGAGAUGAAGAGAAUACACAGCUCACUCAUCGACUGUCUUCGCUCGAGAACGCGCAAUCCGAGAUCGAGCAGCUCCGAGGUCAAGUCGAGAGUCUGUCCUCUGAGAAAGAGCAACUCGGCAAACGUAUUGCGGAAUCGUCCACAGCGGCUAAUGGCUACCAAGGCGAGAUCGCGGCUCUCGAAGGGGCUAAGAGUGCAAUGGAUGCACGUCUUAAGGCUAAAGAUGAAGAAAUUACGCGGUUACUCGAAGAAGUGAAAGGUUUGCACGAGAAGUCACAAGUCGAGUUGGCGAAGUCUCGCACUGAGUUUGAGUCCACUGGGCAAGAGCGAGACACCCAAAUGCGACUUCUGCAAGAGCAGUUGACGGAAGCAGACGCGCGCGUAGAAGCUCUGGAAAAAGACCUAAAAGAUAACGCAUCUGCUAAGUCCGCAAUUGAAGCGGAAAUGGCGAUGACAAAGGAUGAAUUCGUCGAGCUUCAAAAGAGCGUGGACGCUGCGCGCGCUGAAGCCCAAGACGAGUUGUCUAAUCUUCAAGCCAAGUUCGACGCUGUCGAUCAAGAGAAGGCUGCGCAACAAAAUCAACUGAAGGAGUACGUCGAGCGCCUGCAAGGGGUUGAGUCGAAAAUGAACGAACUGCAGAGCGAAAAGGAGAAUCUAAAGGCUACGAUAGCUACAAAGAAUCAAGAGGCAUCGCAGCUGCGUGAACGCUUUAAGCAGCUGUCAGAAGGCUCGAACGAGGAGGCGCGACGCAUCGCCGAGGAACUUGCAGAGCUACAUGAAACUCAUAAGGCGGUGCUUGCCGAAUGUGAAGUACUAUCACACGGGCGAGAAGACGUCGAAAAACGUCUGAACCUUGUCAUGAGUGAGCGGGAUGACUUUGCCAAGAAUUGGCAGAGUGAAGCCGCAUUGCUGUCGCAGGCUACGACUCGCCUGGCUGAUCUCGAGAUGGAAAUCGCCAACGAUAAGAAGGCUAUCGCCGAAACGUCUGCCUCAGUUGAAGAGAAGGAUACGCAGAUCGCCAAAUUGACGGAAGAAUUGGAAGCGACAAAAGCCAGCGGAGCCUCAGAGGCUCAAGGUCGGAUUGGUGAACUCAACGCCGCGUUGGGGCAGGCGCAGUUCGAUGUGACCGUGCUUCGAGGCGAGAUAGAACGAGCUCACACAUCGCUGGCUGAGAUGGAUGGAUUGCGACAGCACGUGGCAGAGUUACAGGCGAAUCUCUCGACUUCGCAAAAGGUGCAGAGCGACCUGACAGCGAAACUGAGCGAGGCGAAUGACGCGCUCGCGAGGCAACAAUCGCAGCAGUCGUCAUCCCCCCCGCCAAGCUCUGCCGCACGCCGAAUGCCAAGAACACCUAGCGACACUUCGCAGCAAGCGAUCGACAUCGAAUCCGGCGACCGAUCGGAGUCUCCAUCGAAAACAAUACGCAUAUGGCGAGACUCUCGAGUCACCGGUCGAGCGCCGAAACAGCUCCAACCAAUUAUGGAGUUCUGCGACUCAGCCUUCGUGCGCUUCUUCCGCGUCAUGCGUACCCAACCCUCGCUUCGCUUCGCCGCACUCUCGUAUUGGGCCCUCGUCCACGCCUUUCUCUUCCUUCACUUCUUCGCGUAG